AUGACUCGCAACAGCUCCAUCGGGAAUAUCCUCGCACCUGGCGAUGCAGCGCAGCUGAUCAAACUUGACCUCGUCAAUCUUCCCAACCCUCCUAAUGGCUCUAUCCAAAUACACAAGCGCCGACUCAAUCGUACAAGCGAUGCAGUGCAUAAGAACAUUCCUCUCAACGCCAAUGUCGAAUCCCGCCCGGACGCAUUUGCGACUAUCCCGGAGAAGCUCAUCUCCAAAGCUACGAUUGAGUAUGUCGGGUUUAACAGCGACAAAGCGACUGAUAUCUGGAGCUGUUGGGUCAACUGGCCAUCGGGUUCCAUGAUUCGCGAGAUUGACCCCAGAGAUUCCACCACCACCCUUGAGGUCUCGUUCAUUUACUGGGUGAAGAGCCAUACUGGGAAUCCCCUAGUGUAUGACGUCUGGGAGGACGACAACUCGGCCUGGUUCCGCCACAUGGAGCAGUGCGGCAUCGCAACUGAGCUCCAGCAGAGCAUAAUGGAUCCUCGAUUCAAGGACAUGCGGUUGACAGACACUUGCAUCGGCUGGCUUCGGAAUACCAUGGAACUCCGGUAUGAGUGGCUCAAGGAAAUCCAGCGAACUUCUUCUGAGCGUGAGAAAGCCCUUGUGCACCAGGGAACUUCGACCCGGUCCAAAAAACAAAGUGGCUUAGCCUCCAGAGGUCUACACAAACUCGCAGGGCCAUUAAGCAUUAGAGGAUGCACUGUGCUAUACAAAGCGAUAGACGAAGCACGAACCAACGGCCUCUUUGACCACGAGGGCAACCUUGACAGAAUCCAACUCCUAUCAACCCCCCCUUCGACCGACUUCAGCAGAACCAAGAGCAUGUACUACUUCACUCCCGACUACAGCCUGGCCAGGAAACAAGCCGCGUGGAUAAAACAACGAGGGAUACCCGCGGUCAUAGUGCAGAUUGCAGUCUCAGAUAUCGUCAUCACAUCCAUGGACCCCGAUGAUGUACAAUGCGCUUUCUGGCCGAACUCGAACUGGCGGGAGCUCGUUUGGCAUUGCCGCACAAAAAUGAGGCUUCCCGAGGAGUUUUCCGAGACAUAUGGCAAGGCCAUCCUCAUCAUCGGAACGAUCGCCAAUAGACCUGACUUAUACUAUCAGCAAAGGUCGCCUGCAGACCUUACUUCUGAGGAUUGCGUUGUCAUGGUGCGGGGACCCAACAAUGGCGGGUACCGAGAAGCAGUGCAGUAUGUGUUCUCAUCCGACGACGAGGGGGAAACGUUCCUUGAAGAUCAAGCGAGACAUACGAUGAAGAUAUUCCACUUCGGGACACGGGAGCUGGAGGCUUGA